AUGACGAAGAUUGCGGAAAUUUCCGAUCGCGCGGCCUGUGCAGCGUGGUGCCCACUCCAAGCACAUCCCAACGUUGUAGCUCUCGGAACCAAGGACUCUGGUGGAGGUGGUUUUGACGACACCGGCGGAGAAUUGGAAGUUUACGACUUGUGGAGUAGCAACAUCACUUCUGGUGCUGACGACAACGACAAGGUUGGCUCUACGCAACCCAAACUACUGGGAUCCAUCAAGACCGGAGCCCGAUUUGCUAGCGUCGCAUGGACACCGUACACACGCAAUGGAAAGUACCCCAUGGGAUUGCUCGCGGGCGGGAUGGUAGAUGGAACGAUUUACAAUUGGGAUCCUAGUCUAGUGAUUGCCGCGUUUUCGCAAAACCAAACAGCGCAAGCUGAGUUAGCGGCGUGUUUGGUGCACACCGUCCAGGCUCCGCCGGCAUCGUCCAACAGCUCGUUCGGAGCCAUGCAAUUCAAUCCACUCGAGCCGCAUCAGCUCGCAGCGGGAGCCGCUAAUGGACACGUUUCCAUUAUCGAUAUUUCCGCCGAUAAAGCGUCGGUGCAGGAACCCACCACCGUAGCCUCACAAUUUCAAACCUCCGAGAUUAAGGCCGUCGCCUGGAAUCCUCAAGUAUCCCAUAUUGUUGCGUCUGCCGCGGCCGAUGGUUCCGUUGUCGUUUGGGACUAUAAAUCCCGCAAAGCUUGGUGCGAGUUACGGGCGGCACACGCUGCCGCGGCAGUCAAUGACGUGUGCUGGAAUCCGUCACAGGGACUGCAUUUGCUCACCUGCAGCGGAGAUGACCGGGAUGCCGUGCUCAAAGUAUGGGAUUUAGGAGCCAGUACGUCCAUGCCACUCACGACUUUGACGGGACACGCCGCUGGAAUUUUGAGCGCGGGCUGGUGUCCUCACGACGAAACAUUGUUGCUCACGACGGCCAAGGAUAAUCGUACGUUGUUGUGGGAUUUGCAAACACUCCGACCCGUAGCGGAACUCCCGAAUGCAGCGGCGGAAGCAGAAUUGCAACAGAAGCAGCAACAACAAACACAGCAAGCUCAUCCCACAAACGUCUUUGCAGCCGCUGGUGCUGGUUCAGCCGGGGGUAUGUCCGAUCAACGACACAUGCGUUACGCCGUCGCUUGGUCUCCGUGGAAACGUGGUGUUGUCCUGACGUGUAGCUUGGAUCGUAAAGUCGAGGCGCAUUCCGUUUUGACCCUGGCCACCAAGUCGGGACGACCGCCGGCCUGGAUGCGACCAGCCUCGAGUGUAUCAUGCUCCUUUGGAGGUCUCGUCGUGUCCUGCGGAAGUCAGGAUAAGGUUGUUUCGUUGCGAACCGUGUGUGAGCAACCCGAAUUCGCGGAAACGUCACAACGACUAGAAACGGAACUCAAGUCCCAAACCAUUGUGGACUUUUGUCGAUUCCGUCAUGUGACGGCAGCGAGAAACAAGACGGAAGCCGAUAUGUGGGGAUUUAUGCAAGUCCUCUUUGACGCCAACGCGCGUCAAGCUCUUUUGCAGCAUUUAGGAUACGAUGCGGAUAGUAUUGCGUCCACGGUGGCGGCCCGGUACCCCCAUGUAGCAACUACCACCGAGCACGGAGAGUCAUCCGUUAAUGGUAGUAGCAACAAGAGCACCACUGGGCUCCCCAAGCCGCCUUCCAUGAAAACCGCGUCAAGCAUGCUAGCAAAGUCUACCUUUGACCAGGCCGCCGAAGAUUCCGUGAAGCAAGCCUUGCUUGUGGGGAACUUUGAGGCUGCCGUAGACGUUUGCUUGGCCACCGGAAAUUGGGCUGACGCACUGGUCUUGGCCAGCUGCGGGGGUCCCGAUCUCUGGCAGGUUGUACAAACGCGCUUCUUUGCUUCGGAAACUGCACAGCGUCCAUAUUUGAACAUUGUCAGCGCCGUAAUUCGUUCUCAACUCUCCGAUCUCGCCACUAGUCCGGACAUAGCCACAAAGUGGUCGGAAACGCUGGCCAUUUUUUCGACCUACGGUGCGUCGGAGGAAUUCCCACAGCUCUGCGUGGCGCUUGGUGAAUCUUUGGAAGAAGCGGGCGACCCGGCCAGUGCUACACUCUGCUACAUGUGUGCUCUGAAUUUGGAUCACACAGUGAGGUUCUGGAAGUCACAAUUGGCGGAAGCUAGUCGCCAGAAAGGUGAGGGAACGAGUGAUGUCUUGGCACUGCACGAAUUUGUGACGAAAGUGUCCGUCUUUUUGGAAGCGGUAGGGCCGUCCGCGAUUCUGUCGGAGGAUAUUGCAACUUUGUUUGCCGAUUAUGCCGAGGUGUUGGCACAACAAGGUCUUUUGGUUACGGCGGCCAAAUAUGCCAGAAAGGGGACUUCGAUCGAAAGCCAGAAGCUGCGCGAUCGUCUCUACAGGAGCCGCGCAAGUGCUUCUUGUUACGCGUCCUUAGGUACUGCACCAGAAUUUCCCUACCGCAUGUCAGCUGUGGAACCCAGUCGAGGACCGACGGUUGUCAAGAAUGCGUCUUAUGCGCAGCACCAACCGGAUGCAAUUCAUCUGAAUAAGCCGCAACCGAAAACCACCUACGAACAGCGUCAGCAGUCCUCGAUAUACGGACGGCAACAUGAACGACGACAGACGUCAUCUGGAGCACCAGUCCCAGCUGCAGUCAUCGAGCUUCCUAGUGGAUGGAUGGAGCUUCAUGACCCUAACAGUAGACUCCCAUACUACGCAAACCAGGCCACAGGGGAAACUACGUGGGAUCGUCCACAAGCAAUCCCGUCAACAAAUUCUCAGACAGUGCCGCAGCAGACGUACGCUAGUGUACCAGCUAGUCAAGAGCCGGUGAUGGAUUCGUCUCGACACUCAACGCGUUCUCAGACCUCGGUCACUUCUGGCGUUUCAACGCUGAGACCCAAGCCUAGUGUUGUCUCCAAAUACGGCGACGGUUUUGUGACGUCCGCGUCGCAUCCAGAACUUGCCGAUCAAUACGGCAACAUUGGCACCAGCAAUCCCUAUAGCGGUGUAAAUCGACCCGGUACAGCCGCAGCUGUGGCCGCGACAGCCCAGUCCGCUGUAGCUCCAAUAUCAGACACCCUCAACAUUGAAACCCUGGAGGUCUCACCCGAGUUUGCUCACAUCAAGGACACGCUGCUGGCGUGUGUCAAUGCCUUGAAAGACUAUCCGUUAUCUCCCGCUGACAAGCGACAGUUGGCGGAAGCCGAAAAGGGAGUUGCUAUCCUCGUCAAAAAAAUUGUCCGCUAUGAUAUCGACGAAGAGACAGUCUCAAAGGUCUCAUUUAUGAUCGGCGCUCUGGCCAACGGUGACUACCCCGCAGCGACGGCGACCAAUACCGCACUAGUUAAUAGCGAUUGGCGCGACCACAAGGACUGGCUUAAAGGGAUGAAAUCGUUGCUAGCGUUAGCGUCGAAGAAGUUUGCUCGUCAGUAG